CUGCCCCUUGCCUUCUGUUAGUCAGUUCAACAAACUGCUUAGUAGAAUUCUGAAAUUGAAGCAUUAUUCCGUAGUUGUUUCCCUCUUUCAAGAAAUGCGCAUUAAUGGCAUCCCAAUCAGUGUGUGUACCAUUAACAUUCUGGUGGAAGCAAUAGGGUUCGAUUAAUCGUUCCGAUUGCACACCCUGCUCUCCUGCCAUAAAUCCCUAUUCCCUAAUUCUCUUCUGCCAAUUCCCUAAAGACUCAGAGUCGCCGACCUCUCCGGCUCUCCCAAGCCCUAGUCAACGUCACAAACUCACAGACUGUAGUAGCAACCAGCAGUCCAGCACCGACCGGCGAGGCAGCGACGUCGCCCACCCACUCCGGUCACGACGCAGUCAGCUGGCCUACAGGACUGGAGAUUACAUGGUGAUUUGGGUGAUAUGACCUACAAAAUGGGGAGAAAGGAGGGAAAGGUUAACUUUCACUGUUGGAUGAAAACAGUAACUUCUUUCCUCAAAGCCCUAACUUUCAUUUCAUGAAAACAAAGAGAAAUAAUGCUAAUUUGUCUUGGUUCUUCACUAACAUGAGUUGGAGGAGAAUAACCACAGCAAGCUCUACUCCCAUUUCGCCCAAUUUUGCGGCAGGUACGGCUUCUUCAAAUCAUAAUAACUCCUCGGUUUCUUCCAAAUUCAGGAAGAGCUUUAAUGAUUUAUUCCGUCAAAUGGCUCGUACCCGCCCCUUGCCUUCUGUUUUUCACUUCAACAAACUGCUUAGCAAAAUUCGGAAAUUGAAGCAUUAUUCCCUAGUUGUUUCCCUCUUUCAAGAAAUGCGCAUAAAGGGCAUCCCAAUCAAUGUGUAUACCAUUAACAUUCUGGUGGAUGUGUACUGCCGCUCUAGUCGAGUAGAUUGCGGGUUUUGUCUACUUGGUGUGGUGUUCAAGUGUGGAUUAGAGUUUAAUGUGGUAACAUUCAACACUCUGAUCAAGGGUCUCUUUCUGGAUAAUAAGAUUGUGGAGGGUGUAGGGCUUUUCAAGAAGUUGGUGAGGGAAAAUGUGUGCAAAGUUGAUCAAAUUACUUAUGGUAGUGUUAUAAAUGGGCUUUGCAAGGCAGGUCAUACACAGAAUGCUCUUGAUUUACUUAUAGUAAUGCAAGAAGAGGGACCUAAGCCUAAUACUAUAGCCUAUAACAUUGUGAUUGAUUCUCUAUGUAAAGACAGAAUUGUUGAUCAGGCUCUUGGCCUUCUCUCUGAGAUGAUUGAAAGAGGAGUUCCCCCGGACAUCUUCACAUACACUUCACUAAUUCAAGGCCUUUGCAAUUUUAACCGAUGGAAAGAGGUUACGAAGUUAAUGAAUGAUAUGGUCCUACAUAAUGUAUAUCCAGGUGUCUAUAUUUUCAAUAUAUUAGUGGAUGCCCUCUGUAAGGUGGGGAAGUUGGAAAGUGCGGAAACUAUUAUUCAGAUCAUGAUUCAAAGGAAGAUUUAUCCUGAUGUCGUCACGUACAACACUCUCAUUGAGGGGUACUGUUUGCAAGAACUGAUGGAUGAAGCGAGAAAAGUUUUUGGUCGGAUGGUAGAAAGUGGCAUUCAACCUGAUGUUAUGACCUAUAACACAUUAAUUAGUGGAUACUGUAAAAUAAAAGAAAUGGAUAAAGCCAGGAGAGCUUUUGGUCAGAUGGUAGAAAGUGGCCUUCAACCUGAUGUUAGGACCUAUAGCACAUUAAUUAAUGGAUACUGUAAAAUAAAAGAAAUGGAUAAGGCCCUGCAUCUAUUUUGUGAAAUUCCUCAAAAAGGGCUUCAUCCUGAUGUUGUUACGUAUACCAUAAUGUUGCAGGGGUUAUUUCUGGUGGGUAGAUGUUCUGCUGCACUGAAACUUUUUCAGGAGAUGCUGGUUGCUGGACAUAAACCAAAUUUUUACACUUCAUGUGUCUUACUUGAUGGUUUGUGUGGUAAUGGACUUGUUGAAGAGGCGAUGUCAGUCUAUCAUCAGUUAUUAACGAGAAACAGAAAUGGUUCUCAUGUUUAUGGUGCCAUCAUAAUUGAUAGGCUCUGCAAGAUAGGGCGGCUUAAUGCUGCACGCGAUGUAUUCAAUGACCUCAUCUCUAAAGGUCGAUGCCUAAAUGUGAAUACAUACACUGUAAUGAUAAAUGGGCUUUGUCGAGAAGGAUUAACAGAUGAAGCCUUAGAGUUGUUAAGGAAAAUGGAGAGAAAUGAUUGCUUACCAAAUACUGUGACUUAUAAUGUUAUUUUGCAAGGAUUUGUUAGGGAGAAAAAAUGUCAUGAGGCAAAUCUACUUUUGGAUGAAAUGGUUGGUAAGGGUAUUUCUCCAGAUGAUGACACAUUGUUCUUCAUAAACGACUUACUUGCACUUAAAACUGAAGAUGAGACAGCACUAAAGGUGAUGCAGAAAUUUGCUGCAAAUCAUGUAAAGUAACUACAUAUUUGGAAUCUUUUAGCUUCUCUGCUUGUUCAUGGAUUGUUACUUUUGGAGGAAUGUUUUCGGGGAUUUCACUCCCAGUUCCAUCUUCUUGUUCAAAUGUGUGCAUAUUUCUUGAGUCAAGUCUGCUAAACCCAGCUCUUUAUUUACCAAAAGACUACCCUUGGAAGAUUGGAUAUGUAGAAUAGGCUGAAGUAUUCUUUUCUUGAGUUUGUGCAGAUUUGAAUGGUAUUGGACCUUCAAAAACUUGCCAUCCAUACAGUUAAGACCCAAUUCUAUGGAAAGGGUACCAAGCAAGAAUUGUAACCAACCAAGCACUUGAUUUACAGCAUCACUAAUGCAUCAGAUUGCUGAUGUAAUAGUCAUUGUAAGAUUAAUGCAAAUUGCAAACUGAUAUGUUUUUAUAAAAUUAUGUAUUAUAUGUUCAAUAAUUCUAUAUAUGGGAAAGUUUACGGUCCCAA